AUGGAUAUUUAUCAUUCAUUUGAGUCAUUGGGAUUAGACGAUGGAGGCAUCACUGCACUCGAUGCGACCUCCUUAAUUUCAAUGCCCAAUCUAGUAGAUUUCUCUUGGACAGACGAAGAGACGUUUGAAAAUCCCACGAUGGAGCAGUCAAUGAUAUGGACCGAAUCGAUGGGAGAUCAUGUCCCGAUUGUUUUGCAACAAGAGGUGUUUCAGAAUGCAGAAACUAAUUUACAUGAAGAAAACUACAGUCAAGAACAAUGGCAACCAAACAAUAUCGGUGAAGAUCCCACAGAAGAAACUGAUGCAUUGUACCAAUGUCCUCACCAAUCAAUACUUCAACAACAAGUACUUAUGCAGCCAACAGACAAAGCUGGGCAGAUCAACGUUAAUGUUGCCAAUAAUCAAAUAUCAUAUGGAUCGACAGUGGUUGAAGAAUAUCCUACCAAUGAGAAGAAAUCUACAAAAUUAGUUAAGUCAGUGGAUGCGUCAUCGACAAUCACUUUUGCCGAAUGUAGUCAGUUAUUAGUAACAUUUGAUGAAGCAUCUAUGGCAGUAUCAGUCCCCCCAUGUCCAUAUCAACGUGCUCGAUAUGAAGGUGAAUGCUCGGGUGCUAAUCGAUAUAUUUUCGUACCUUGGAAUCAGAUUUUUACGAUCACUAUUCCAGAUCUUCGUCUUGUUUUGGCAGCAAACUUCACUGUGCAAUUGCGUAUCACUCGUACCACAGUACAACAUGGCACAAGUGGCCUCACUUCGCUUCAUCCUUAUCCGAUAUGGAUAAAUAAUGACGACGCGAAAGCUCAUAAUGGCUCAUUAUUUGUUCCAGUCACUGAACAAAAUAUGAAAAAUGGUUAUCUCCACAUCAACAAUCUUGCCCUGCUUCGACUCAAACAACCUGAUCUGGCAAAAAUUACAGCAUUAGCCGUUUAUUCACCGACACAGCUAUCGUUCUCAGAUCUACAUUCGACAGGAACGAACGGGGGUAAGAAAAUAAGAGAUGAAUAUGAUCUGCAACGGUCAAUGUUAGUGUUUCAAUUGUUUCUUGUCUAUGAGCAUAACAUGGCAUAUUGCACAGAUGUUAUUUGCAAGACAGAUAUAAUUCAGGAAUAUGAGGCGAAAGAAAUGAGCAAGUUGAGACCAAUUUUGGACAGUUAUGGUGCUCCACAACGGUCAAGAAGUCCGAUGAAGCACAAAAGAAUCGGUCGACAAAAGAAAUCGCGAGGGACAUCUUCGAAAAAGAGUCGAGGUGUAGCCAAACGGUGA